AUGGGUACACUAGGUUACGCAACAUGGUUGGCCUACGACUUAUCCAUGGUGAUAAUUGUAUUCGUACUGCAAGGUGCAAUGAUCUUAAGGCUGUAUGCACUUUACAUGAAAUCGAGGAAAGUUCUUGCCCUUCUGUCAGUAGCUUUGGUCGCGGAGCAGGCGGUAAAUGUUGUCAUCAUGGUUUACGAAUAUCGAUUCAUCUCCGCUGUCGAAGAAAGCUUGCUAGGCUCACACAUCUGCAGCAUAUCCAUAACAGUUGCUUGGUGGAUUCCUGUGUCAAACGAUGUCGUCGUACUGGCGUUUCACACCAUGGCUGCUGUCUUGACCUUGUAUCACCUCGUGGUGUACCUCAAGCAGAGGCAGCAGCUUCUGUCUCUGCAAGAGAUGUUAUUGUCGAAAGAUCUCCGCAUUAUCCUUAUCCGGGACAACAUCCUAUGCUAUUUAAUUACAGUAAAGCUGACUGCGCUUACGACCUUGGCUGACGGAGCUGUCAUCCGCACAAUAUCGCUGACAGUGGUUACUGCUGUUAUCGGACCACGCAUCAUUCUCAAUAUCAGAAGCCAUGGCUUGCGGACUGACACGGCAAGAGAAUUCAAUGCAUUCACGGGCCGCUUUCAAGAUAACGGGCCACCAGAGGCAAAAUGUGAAGAUACUAUGAGUAGCUGGACUUGA